CACACGUCGGGGGAUGCUUCACUCAAUAUCUCUCUCACACACGUUCACAUAAUAUAAUAUAAUCGACGUGCAGAUACGACGUUUGUGUGUGUGUGUGCUUAUAUACAUACAUACGUGUCUUACAGAAAAUGAUACUUAUAAUUUUUAUACAUAUAUAUAAACCCCGGUGUUCAUCUACUAGUCGCAAUAACGAAAUGGCAAGUGACGCGACACCUAGACAGUAGACGCUCGUCGUGCUAUCUUGAAUAAUAAAAUUAAAUCACGCUUUUAUAAUAUAGUAUUAUAUUAACUUAUCGGACAGUCUUUAGUAGCAGUAGCCGUUACAACAAUGGACUUGUGUUUUUAUUUCAACAUUUUAACCGUGCUGCUAAUUCACGAAAUUGUGUUCUCUAAAUGUGAUUUGAAAACCAAAUCAUAUAAUCAUUUUGUUAAAUCCUAUGUUGAUGGAUUUCAAAGAAAGGAAAGACAAGCACCAGAUCCAUCCCGUAUGUAUUUGCCACCGAAGAUAGAUUCUGUCGCAUCUAGUGGUUUUGGAGAGCAAAUAGACGCGUCCAAUGAUAAAAAUGGUUAUGGAGAAGUUGAAAACGUCCAGGGUACAUUUACAACAAGUCCAACAACAGAUUUUAGUAACUAUGGUCUAUCGCCAACAACCACCAACGACGCAAGUGAUACCCAAGCUACUCUAGGAUUAUUUGAUACAAUUACUCGUAUGUCAAAUGAACCUGUUGGGUCAUUCUUAGGCCAGAGUAAUGGUUACAAUACUUUAUCAUCGGGAGGAAACAAUUUCGGACAACUUUCGAAUAAGAAUAAUGAUUAUACUAGUGGUGUAGAUGUACCAGGAACUAACAAUAACUAUGGAACUUCAUUGGGCACAAAAUCGAUACCAAAUAAUAACGGUGUUACAGCGCAACCGGGAACAGCGGACGAUUACGGGCAAAAUGAGCUAUUGAAAACUGCACAAAAUCAAGGACCAUCUAAGUAUAAUUACAACGGAGCAACGGCAGAUAGUCAGAUUAAUCAGAACCCAAGUACAAUUGCCGAUCAGUAUAGUCAGCAAGGCACGGUAGAGAACACAGCAGGCGGUUAUGGUAACAUAGAUUUUGGUACACCAAAAGCUUCAGUGCAAGGUAAUAAUCAAAUUAGUGGUCAGAAUGCGUACGGUCAAGGAGGUAAUGGAAAUAUUGGUCCAAACAGAGGUCAAUCAUUUUCUGUAGACAACAUUGGUUAUGGUAACACAGUGCCCAACACAUUUGGCAAAAAAUAUACUAACGGUGAUUAUAGUCAAAAUGGAUAUGGAAAUAUACCAAAUACACAUUUUAGUAUUGAAAAGAGUAUAGACAUCUCAAACAAUCCUGCUUCUAUUGGUUCAGUUCCUAACAUCCAUUUACAAAAUAAUCCAACAAGUAAAAGUAUAUCGCAAUACAACAAUGAUAUCGUUAAUGGGAAAAACGGACAAAAUGAGUUUCCCAAUAAUCGUGGUUUCCAAGCUGGAGGACAUAACCCAGAAUUGUCGUCCUACGGAUAUGGACAAUACUCCAGUGGAUCAAAUCAAGGUGUCCCAGCAACAUCUCAAACUUAUGGACAAAAUGGUUUUGAAAAACCAAACUCCAAUUCUUAUUCAUCAAAUUCCAAGAAUUUACCUUUUACCGCUGAACCUAUUAGUCAAUUAUUGCCAAUUAAUAAUGGAUUUGAACAAAGUUCGACCAACGCAUACAAUCAAAAGCCUAUUGGAAUAAAUAAAAACCAAAUUGCUGAUACCUCCAUCAUUGGAUUACAGUUACCAGGAACAUCAUACCAAAAUUCGUACAGCCAGAAUUCACCAGAUAUUCAAAGUUUCAAUCAGGAACAAGGUUUGUCAAAUUACGAAAACGGAUUUAAUUUAAACCCACCAAGUCAAUUACAAGGUUCUAACAAUUUUAAACAGUCAGGAUCUUAUUCAAUUGGAAAUGAAGAGAAUUAUGGUCAGAGUUCUCUAACAUAUAAUGGAUUUUAUCAAAACCAAAAAGACCAACAGUUGCCCAAUAGCUACGGACCACCAGCAGGACCUCUUCAAUCGUUCAUAAACGGAAGAAAUCCUAUCCAAAGUCCAACAAAUGGAUCAGCGAACGGUGAAUAUAAUAACCAAGACAGAUCAACGACAGGUCUUAAUGUUUUUGAUCAAAGCAGUCCCACUACGUCACGAGUAUCAAAUAACAAAAGUCAAACAGAAUUUCAACUAUCAUACGGUAACAGCCAAAGUAGUUCAAGUCCACCAUUAAGUGAUGGUUAUUAUCAAGGAAGUUCAUUAUACGUAUUAAACGGUUUUGAACAAAAUAGCCAAAGUACCCCAGGAGGACGACUCAAUAACGAUGGUCCAGUAGGAUCUCAGGUAUUACCUACGACUGGAAAUAGCUUUAAUCAAAAUUCUCCAACAAAUAGUGCUUACCAUCAAGGAGCACAGAGUUCAGCAUCUUACGGAGGAAACGUCGUUAAGCCCAAUUCCGUAAAUAAAGGAAAUAUAGCCACGACUCAAUUAGGUUAUAGUCAAAAUGGUUUAUCCACACCAAGUACGAGUCAAGAAAGUUCCAGUUCAUUUGCAAGCAACGGUCAAGGAAUAAAACCUUGCACUUCCAAGAAUGGUGGAGAUGUCAAUAAAGAUAAAACAAGUACAGGAUCGCCAUCAGAUCCUGGUUAUGGGAUUCGAAACCAAAAAAAACAUUCUACGCUUGUUCCAAAAGGACAAUUUCAAAAUUCUAACUCACCAGAUUCAGGAAAUGGAGUGCAAGUCUCUUCUAAUACUAACAACAUUGGUAAUAAUUAUGGCGAACCAGGUUUUAAUUCUUUUUCAAAUUUUGCACCAGGAAAUCAGCCCAACCAACCAAUCAACCCUGGAAUCAAUAAUUGUGAUACAAAUAUACAUAGUAACAGCUUCAAUGAAGCAGUUUUCUCACCUUCAAAUACUGGUUACUAACAAAUAUUUCAAG